AUGUCGACAAAAAAACGUAUGUUAACGUUAAAGGAAAAAAUCGAUGUUAUCGAGUUUUACAACAUAGGGAAACCUAGUGUCCGUACACAGGCUGAUAAAUUUAAAAUUGGGAAAACACAGGCAGCCGAAAUUAUCAAAAAUAAAGAAGAACUUUUAAGAAAGUGGAGUUCCAAUGUAAACAUUUUGCAGAAACGAAGUUUUUUCAAGACCGAGGGAUACAACAUAGACAGAGCUACUUAUGAAUGGUUUGUUAAAGCAAGGGCGAAGAAUAUUCCAUUAUCAGGAACACUUAUCAGAUCGAAAGCUAAAGAAAUAGCAAGUAAAUUAGAUUAUGUGACUUUUAAUGCUUCUUCUGGGUGGCUUGAGCGAUUUAAAAAAAGGCACAACAUCACUUUUAAAACAAUCUCUGGUGAAAGUGCAAGUGUUAAUCCUGAAGACGUUAGAAGUUUUAUCGAGAAAAUUCCCUCUCGCUUAGCCGAAUAUCAUCCUAGAGACAUUUAUAACGCCGAUGAAACUGGGUUACUUUUUCUGGCAUUGCCUGAUAAAACUUUUGCGUUUAAAGGAGAAAAGUGUGCGGGAGGUAAAAUGGCGAAAGAGAGAUUAACGAUUAUAUGUUGUGCUAAUAUGGCGGGGUACAGGGAAAAAUUUAUGGUGAUCGGCAAGGCCGCAAGGCUCCGUGCUUUUCAAAACAUUAAUUUGAACAAUUUACCUGUGUAUUGGCACUGCAACAGGAAAUCGUGGAUGACUUGCCAAAUAAUGACCGAUUACUUGAUGUUGUUUGAUAAGAAGCUUCAAAAAGAAAAACGCAAAAUACUGUUAUUUCUUGAUAACGCUGCAUCCCAUCCACGUGACGUACAGUUAAAAAACAUCAAGAUAAUUUUUCUACCUCCUAACACGACUGCUUUCUGUCAUUAA